AUGGCAGGAGAUUCGCCAUCGAGCGGCAGCACUGCAAGCCAUGACCAUUGCAAAGACGAGAGGUCGCCGGGGUCCAGUUUAUUGCAAUCGCCGCAUGGCCCAAGCGAUGACGGCGAUGCGAGCACCACAGAACCCAACAGCGACGACGGCGGGAAACAGAGUCAUGCUGGUCACAAAAAUGCCUCUGCGCCGGAGGAGCUCGGGGCACUCCAGGCGGAACUCAACUCUCAAUCGUGCUUCGUGGGCCAACUCAAGCCGCAAAGCUUCCCGCCAACUACUGUCGUGGCGCCGUCGACGAUGAUGGACAGGAUCAAUUGCAAUCGCGUGGAGUUUCGCAAGAGAAGCGUCCUGGGUCGUUCAACAAGGUGUUGUGCAUCCUGCGGCUUGCUCGAGCUGCCUGGCGAGAUUGACUUUUACCAUUUGCUCGGCGCACGGCAAUUCAGCAGACUUCGCGUGGCAUGUGCCCGUUUCGCCAGCUACGAGGUCUUGGUGAAGAAUUUGCUGGCCGAUGCAUGCAGGCCAGAUGUAGUCUGGAGCAAUUACAUCCUGUCCUGGGCCCCGGUUGGGCCGCGCCCUGUCAGCGAGAGACGCCGUUGCCCGAAGUGGACCAAUGCCGUGCUUCGCAAGCAGAUGGUGCGGGAUUUUGCAGUGGUCUCCGCCUCUCGCAGUUUGCGUUGGCUUUUGCGGGGCCAGAGGCAAUGGAAAUUCUACGCUCCGGAGUGCAUCCAGAGCUUCAAGACGGUCCUCGCAACAUUGUGCUUGUCUGACGAUCGUGCCAUCGCAACAGCCGCAGAGUGCACCGCCGGAAAGGCAGACAGGAUGAAUGCGGCGUGA